AGAAAACGAGCAAAUCAACUCUUAAUUCGUUUGGUGUAGAAACACAACUGUAUUCUAUCAUUGAGGCAUGGGGAGUCCCCCAUUCGUCAGCAUGAUAGAUAAGCUAGUGCAUCACGACUCACUGUUUCAAUCUAGGGUGGCUUGAACAACCUGCUUACAAACAGCUAAUAUUAAGUUCAUAUUUUUCAUUUAAGUAGCACUACUCCUAGUGCCGUACUCUCCUAGUAAACAUGGUUAGAGCUUGCUGUAGAAUAGAGUAAAAAUGCCACAAUGAAUCACUUUACAGGCUGGUUCUGGUUAUUCCAUUGUCGAGCUUCUUGUUGUUUUCCCAUGUGUCUUCAUCAACCAACCACCCCGGAGACAACUCCUCCUGCCUACUCCAACUAAGAGAAAUAGAGUGCAAUGUAAAGUAAGUAGCCGGGCCGAUCGACUUGAUUCACCAAGUAAAAAUAAUUCCUUCACUAUGUAAUGUAUAUAUACUACUGAUUGUCAUCGCUAUGGCAGCAACGUCACUGGGCGGCCACCAUCCCUGUUUAAAUAAUUGCGCUCCACGUAAUGCUUCCCUGGUUGUGGUUAUUUUUGUUGUUAGGUAAUCAUCCGACCUCCAGCCCUGAUUUAAUAAUUUUGCUCCACGUAAUGCUUUGUUGUCUGUGGUUAGUUUAGUGAGGUUAUAAUCACACCAGUUGGUAGCAUCACUACCAUCUACUGAUCGCCACUGUAGAGAGAGAAACAAUAACUAAAGUAAAACAAAGCAAUCAGACUUGUGGAGACUCAGUUCAAGCUAGAACAAAAGUACACAUCUCUUUUUGUAUAUAUAUCUGCCCUUCUGGAGACACACUAUCUCCACCCUCUUGUUCUGAGCAACGCUACCAACAGAAUUCUCGGGCAGGCGGCUUCCUCACCAGGGAUCUCCUCCACGGCCGUCGACGCCGGCAAGCAGGUGGCUCCCCGUUGCUCAUCUAGGUCCUCACACCAAAUAUCCUUAACCUGCACGUUAUGUGGUGACGUGCCAACACAGCACACCUGAGGAGAGGAUGGACACUCUCCUCAGCGCGGCGCAGUGGAUGGUGGGCAAGGCGCUGGCCUCUGUAGCUGAUGGCGUGCUGGAGGCUUGGGAUGCCAGCAAGAACUUCGGUCUCAACAUUGAGGCCCUGAGGACAGAACUGCUGCUCGUGCAGGCCACGCUCGAAGCAGCCAGCCGCAAGAAGAUUGGCGGCAAAGCCAUGGAGGAGCUGCUGCGGAAGCUGCGGCACUCGGCGCACGGUGCGGAGGAUUUGUUGGAUGAGCUCGACUACUUCCGUGUCCAUGACGAGCUCCACGGCACAUACGACGCUGCAGACCAGCAUGCCAAGGGCGGCGUCCAUGACCUUGCCCUUAAUGCUCGUCACACCGCCAAAGCCGUGCUUGGUUUAUCUUCAGCUGCCACCCCUGAUGAACCUGGAAAGGUACUAGAAGAUGCAAGACAACGAGUCGGUUGCUGUGCUUGGCCACUUGCUAUGCACAAGUCACGCGGAAGUUCCUCCUCAUCGCUAAAUUCCAAUCAGGCUGACGAGGAGGUGGUCAGUGGAUGCAUGCCCAAGCUCGGUAAACUCCUUGCACUCUCAUCUUCCCCACAUGUUCGUGAUGAUAAUUCUGGCCAGUCAACUCUUUGUGAUGCGCCACAGAGAGAGCAUGCAGAAGAAACACCAAUGCUGGGGUUUAAUAGAGCUGAUUUCUCUGAAAGAAUGAAGCUCAUUGUAGAGCAACUUCAGCCUGUGCGUAGGGACUGUACCAAGAUUCUGCAGACCUUGGACCGUAUCACCCUCCCAGAUAGUGCCCAGAGUCGUCCCAUCACAACCGGUCGAAGUAUAGAGCCAAAAUUAUAUGGGAGGGACAAUACUAUGAAUAGCAUCAUACAUGAUAUGACCAAGGGUAAAUACCAUAGACAGGAUCUGACUGUGCUUCCAAUUGUUGGUCCGGGGGGGAUAGGAAAGACAACACUGAUACAGCACAUAUAUAGAAACCAACAAGUUCAAAAUCAUUUUCAAGUCAUCAUCUGGGUAUGUGUGUCGCUGAGUUUUAAUUUGAAUAAGCUCAUAGAAGAGAUUAAAACAUAUAUCCCUCAAGUUGAAGGAGAAAAAGAUGGUAGAGCCGAAGAUCUAAUUGAACAGAGAUUAAAAUUUAAAAGGUUUUUGCUUGUACUGGAUGAUAUAUGGGAGUUCAGUGAUGUGGAUGACUGGAAAAGGUUAUUGCUGCCACUCAGAGCUUCACAAGAAAAAGGUAGCAUGAUUAUACUCACAACUCGGUUUCCAGCAAUAGCAAAGAUGGUUAAAACUACUGAUCAUAUAGAACUGGAAGGGUUAGAACCCGAGGAAUUUAGGAAGUUAUUCCUUGCAUUUGUCUUUGGCGAUGAGCCCUUUAGAAGUGAUCACAAAUUUUUGCUCGAGACCGGAGAUAAGAUAAUGGAAAAACUGAAGGGCUCCCCUCUUGCUGCAAAAACUGUUGGUACAUUACUUAGAAAAGACCUUAAUUUUCGCCAUUGGAGAAGGGUCUUAGAAAGUAAAGAAUGGGAGGGGCAGACCGGUGCCAAUGACAUUAUGCCUGCCUUGAAGCUUAGCUAUGACUAUCUUCCUUUCCAUCAACAACAAUGUUUCUCCUAUUCUGCAUUGUUUCCUGAAGACUACGAGUAUAGUGCCACUGAGCUAAUUAACUUGUGGAUUGGACUUGAUAUUUUACAACCUGGUGGUCCAAACCAAACAUCAGAAGACAUAGGUUUGAGCAAUUUAAAUGAUCUGGUCAUACAUGGAUUAUUCAGGAAAGAGGAAACUGAUGGUCGUUUGCAUUAUGUAAUGCAUGACCUUCUACAUGAUUUAGCAUUGAAGGUUGCAUCUCAUGAAUGUCUUACCGUGCAUCAUUCUAAUGUGGGAUCUGUAAAAAUUCAGUCAUCCAUCCGUCACUUGUCUAUAAUUAUAGAUGAUGAUAAAGUUACCCAUGAAAACUUUAAGAGUCAAUUGAGAAAGCUGAAGGUGGGAUUGAAAGUUAAGCAAUUGCACACUUUGAUGUUAUUUGGAGAAAUGGACGAAAGCUUUGCCAGCAUUUUAGAGGAUUUGUGCAAGGAAGCAAAUGCUCUUCGCUUUCUCCGUUUAGUUAAUAUGCCGUCUUCUGCAGAGUCCAUAUUACAUAGCUUUUCAGCACUUUUCCACCUACGAUACCUAUGUCUGGGGACAAAGUAUGGGAGGGAGAUGCAUUUACCACUUACCAUUUCUAGAUUCUAUCACUUAAGGAUUCUGGAUUUAGGAUCAUGGUACCGUUGUCGUGAUUUUCCCAAAGACCUGAGCAACCUUGCAAAAUUGCGUCGUUUUUAUACCCCAAGUGAUGAGUUGCAUUCUGAAAUUUUUAAUGUGGGAAAGCUUGUACUCUUGGAGGAGUUGAAGGUAUUUAGAGUCAAUAAAGAAAGUGAAGGAUUUGAACCAAAGCAACUUGAGAAUUUGACCGAACUAAGGGAGCUUGGCAUCUAUAACCUUGAGAAUAUACGUACCAAAGAAGAAGCGGCCAAAACAAAACUGACAGAGAAAAGCAACUUGAAGAGGUUAACCUUAGAUUGGGAUAUUAAGCGGUCUAAUACUGAUCCUUAUGUGGAAGCAGUCAUCCUUGAGAGUCUUCAACCAAAUAGGUAUCUUUUAGAGUUAUGCAUUAGAGGGCACGGUGGCCCUUCUUGUCCAACAUGGUUGGGUGAUAAUCUCUCUGUUGAAGCCCUUCAAUCUCUUCAUCUCGUUGGUGUUUCUUGGCAACGUCUCCCUUCCUUAGGGAAAAUGUGGGGUCUUGACACAUUAAAACUGUACAAUAUUGUCCCAAUGAAGGAGCUUGUUAUAGAUGAGAGCUUUGACAGGCUAAUAAGGCUUGAACUUGUUGGCUUGGCAAGUUUUGAAAAAUGGUUACCAUCACAGGAUGCUCAUAUGUUUCCUCUUCUACAAGUACUGAUUAUCAGAGGCUGCCCUAAACUCUUGGAGUUGGCAUUUUCAAACCACAUUGUUUACUCACCAAAUGAAGACUGGAACAUUGGUUGGUUUCCAAAACUGCAAGAGCUUGAGAUAUAUAACUGUCCAGAAUUCUUGUUAGUUGUUCAUAUGCCCUGGACUGAAACUUUGUGCUCCGUCAAAAUACGAGGUGUAAAGCUUCUAGAGAAGUUUGAGUACUCAAAAUUAUCCUACAGAAUAGAACUGGAAAUUUUCGGGAAGGAUGAUCUGCAGAGCUUAGAUCAGAUUUUGGCAUUCAGUAAUCUUAUGGGACUGGAGAAGCUGACACUCAAGAAGUGCCCAUCUCUGGACUCAAAGCACCUUCUGAUGCUAACCUCACUGAAGACACUGGCUAUAGAGAAUUCAGAUGGUCUUGUUGGGUCACUAGAAGGUGAGGGUGAUGUUGAAUGGCAGCUCCCUAUUGAGAUUCUUAUGGUCGAGGAAUUACGUGGUGCCAGUGGGAAGGAACUGACACAGCUCCUCACCCACCUCCCAAAGCUCUCCAAAUUGGACAUCAGAAACUGCACAACUAUAACACAUCUGGCAAUGGGGGUGGAUGUGCAGCAAACAACAUUAGCAGCAACGUCAGAGGUGGGAGAAGAAGAUAGGUUGCUGGCCCUCCCGGCCCAUCUCUAUGGCUCACUACAGGACCUGGUCAUCUCUCUAUGCCCAGAGCUGGUCCUGGUGGAGCCUUCAACUUUUCUUCCUGCCAGAGGGUUUCAAGCCCUGCGGUCCCUCCAGACUUUAGAAAUUCAGCACAGCCCCAAGUUGCUAUCCAGAUGCUCUUUUUCUGGCUGUCUUUUCCCAUCCUCUCUGCAAGAGCUUGUUCUUCAAGGCAUGGAAGGAAUGGGGACGCUGGAGCCCCUCUCAAACCUAACCUCUCUCACCCGAUUGGAUUUGUGGUAUUGUGGCGAGGAUCUGAGAUGCAAGGGCCUGGGGCCUCUUCUUACCACUGGGGGACAGCUUAGGAAAUUACUUGUCUAUGGCAGCCCAAGAUUCUUUGCUGAUCCCAGGCAAGUGUUGCUACAGGAGGAUGAAGGAGAAGAGCACCAACUUGUUUCUCCUGCUGCAGUUCAUUCAUGCAAACUGCAGGACUUCUCUACUGAUGACGUCGUGGGAUUCCUUGUUACACCCAUCUGCAGCCUCCUGUCUUCCUCCCUCACAUGCCUGCAACUUUAUCAGAACUUCAAUUACAAGGUGGAGCGCUUCACAAGCGAGCAAGAGGACGCCCUUCACCUCCUCGUCUCCCUCCAGCAACUCGAGUUCCGUGAAUACAACAAGCUUCAGCACCUCCCUGCAGGGAUGCACAAGCUUACCAACCUCAAGCGCUUAGAGGUCUUCUCAUGUUCAGGCGUCCAGUCACUCCCCAAGGAUGGCCUCCCCGAAUCACUGCAACUACUAGAUGUCAGUGACUGCGGCAACGAGGAGCUGAAACAGCACUGCAUGGGGUUAGUGGGAACCAUCCCAAAAAUCAUACUAUGACAGAUCCAAGGCCCCUGCCUUGGAUGUUGUUCCCUUGUAGAUUCAUCUAGGUUUGAAUUGAAUGGCUCAACUCUUUCAAUGCAUACACUUGCUUGCCAUAUUCAUAACAUGGGGGGUCUUGUGGCCACCUUUUUUCUACCUGUACAUAAUCUGGUAUUCUUACAUUUGUUCGUAGGCUUCUACAUACUUUUCAUUUUAAUUUGGGUGGUUUUCACUCAUCAAUACUCACCGAUAUGCUUGGCUAGUUUUGGUGUGAGGAUCACCAUGGUAUAAUUCAGGAAUGAAUCAUGCUUCCGUGCUAGACUACAGAGAUUAUGGCCUUCCGCUUCCUUCAUGUACAUAAAUCUGGGUUGGUGGUGGGGGCGGCAGGGGCGAGGUCCAUGGAGGCGUCCUCCAUCGCAGUUUGGGGCUUGGCGCCAGCGAAAUUCGAGUGUGAGUGGCCGGAGAGGAAGUGGCUUGUGUGCCAACAAUCCUGGGAGUGGAAGAAGGGGCAUGCCGACGUGGUUGUUCUCCAUGCCGACACACUUCUAGCCAAAUUUGGGCUUGGAAGGUCGCCGUGAACGCCUGAGUUCGCUAGAGUGGGGUUUUCGUAUCCUCCUAUCUGCGCAGGCCCAAACAGACAGCAUAUGUUGGUUUGGGUCACUCAGAUAAUUGAUGGAUAAGGGUUGUAGGUGACACUAACAGUCUAAACGAAAACAGCUCAGGAUUACUAUAUCGAAGUCUCAUCCACUCGGAAAAGUAUUGUACCAAGUGACUUGUACUAGUUCAUCUGAAGCUACUUUUGAAUACAAUGAGUAAGUACCAUCAACCCUCA